UUCAGUUGGAGGCGCCGGAGCGCAGCGGAGCGGAGGGGAGGCGAAAGGGAGCGAGGGCCAGAGCCGGCCGGAUCCCUCCUGCGCUCUGCCGCCGCAGGGUCCUCAUGGCUCCCGCCGCCCUUUGCAUCCUGCUGGCCAUCGGACUGCGGCUCUGGGACGCGGGCCACGCCGUGGCCGCCCAGGACGUGCUGACCCCCUACAUCCCGGAGCCCGGAAGCUCAUGCCGGCCCAGAGAAUACUAUGACAAGAGGUCCCAGAUGUGCUGCAGCAUGUGUCCUCCAGGCUACCAUGCACGAUUCUUCUGCACUGCUACCUCAGAUACAGUGUGCACCCCUUGCGAGGACAGCACCUACACCCAGAUCUGGAACUGGGUCCCCGAGUGCUUAAGCUGUGGCUCCCGUUGCAGCUCUGACCAGGUGGAGACUCGGGCCUGCACCCGGGAACAGGACCGCGUGUGCACCUGCAGGCCAGGUUGGUACUGCAUGCUGCACAGUCAGCAGGGAUGCCGGCUGUGUUCCGAACUGCGCAAGUGCCCCCCUGGCUUCGGCGUGUCCAGACCAGGAACAAAAACAUCAAACGUGGUGUGCGCUGCCUGUGCCCCAGGGACAUUCUCUGACGUGUCGUCAUCCACAGAUACUUGCAGGCCCCACCGGAUCUGUAAAUCCACGGCCAUCCCCGGCAAUGCAAGCAGGGACGCGGUCUGCACUUCUGAGUCCCUCACCGAGACAGUGAAGCCAACCUUAGCCAUCAGGCCCCAGCCAGGGUCCAAAAAACCCCAACUCACGGAGCCCACGCCAGGGCCCCGCACAACUCCAAGUCUGUCUGACCCUUUCUCGGACUUGACUCCCCCAGUGGAAGGGGUCAUCACAGGGAAUAUCUCUCUUCCGAUUGGGCUGAUUGUGGGUGUGACAUCUUUGGCACUGCUGACGCUGGUGGCUGUGAACUGUGUCAUCAUGACCCAGAAGAAAAAAAAGCCCUUCUGCCUGCAAGGAGAAGCCAUGGUGCCUCAUCUGCCUGCUGAGAAGGCCCAGGGUGUCCCAGGCUCCGAGCAGCAGCACCUGCUGACCACGGCGCCGAGCUCCAGCAGCAGCUCCCUGGAGAGCUCGGCCAGUGCGGCGGACAGGAGGGCAACUGCUGGCAACCAGCCACAGGCACCUGGCAGGGACCAGGCCAGCGGGUCUGGGGAGGCCCGGGCCAGCUCUGGGAGCUCAGAGUCUUCCUCUGGCAGCCACGGGACCCAGGUCAACGUCACCUGCAUCGUCAACGUCUGCAGCAGCUCCGACCACAGCUCUCAGUGCUCCUCUCAGGCCAACUCCACAACAGGGACCCCGGACUCCAGCCCCUCAGGCUCCCCGGAGGACGAGCAGGUCCCCUUCUCCAAGGAGGAAUGCCCUUUUCGGUCCCAUCCUGGGGCCCCAGAGACUCUGCGGCAGAGCUCAGAGGAGAAGCCCCUGAACUUCGGCGUGCCUGACGCCGGGAUGAAGCCUAGUUAACCAGGCUGGCGUGCACCAAGUCACCGCCCAGGUGGGCCGACCUCUGAGCCUUCUCGGCCCCCACCCCCCACCACUCCGGCUCUUUCUAGGCCAGAUUCCUUUAGCGGCCUCCACAGCCUUGGCCUUUCUCUCCCCUGCCGUCAGAGGGAGAGUCCUGGAGAAGCUCUCCUUUGCAUACGGCUAGCUGGAAACGCUGGGCAGCCCGGGCGGGCCUCUGCCUCUCUGAACUGCCCUGUUUCUGGUUUUGUGAACUUGGCUUCCGAAGCCCUCAUUUUAUCCCUGGGAGGCCCCAGCAUCCUGCCCUCCAGAGGGGCCUGAGGGGCGGGGCAGUGCUGUGUGUCAUGUCACCCAUGGAGAAGGGGCAGCGUGUAGCCUGAAUGUUGAGACUGCAGGGUGGUCCCAGAAGGGGAGGGGCUGCCACCAGAUGAUGGGCUGGGGGUCCCCCGGGGUUAGCUACGGACCCUGGGACAUCACCACCUCCCAAACUCUUUUCCUACCAGUCCCACCUCUCGUGCCUGGCAUGAAAAUCAGACACCCAGAGUGCCCAGGUGGGCAGCCUGGGUGUGUGCCCUGCCCUGGGCAGAUUGGGCAAACCUCUAACAGGAAGUCUUUCUAUUUUAAUACGUGGCAGUUUUUUUUUUAAAGUAAGCACCACACAGACGAACAAGCCAACAACACAACAAAGCCAAAACCUCAGGGUUUGCCUUCUCUGCCUUUGACCUUCACCCCUGUGCCCACAGCGCCCGCCCUGCCCUGCUCCCUUGCUGUCUGGGUGGGGCUCCUAGGCCACACCUUCUAUCAGGGAACUUCAGACCUGGAGAUGACCGAGGCCCCCAGCCAUCUCUCUCCUCCUACCUCAGCCCGGACCUUCCCCCCAUGACUCCCGAGGGGGUGCUCCUGUUCCCCCCAACCUCUUCCUGCUGUUCCUGGAGGCCCAGGCCCCAGGAGAGCUUCAGGGCCACUUUGGUACUGUGCCUGUCACGAUCCCCCGUGGACGUGAGAUGCUGCGAGCCAGUUUGUCUGUGUGUCUGUGUGUCUGUGGCGUGUCUGUGUAGCCUAUGUUGCCGGGCUGAAUGGCCUUCCUGAAGCAGCUGAAGCUAAGUUUUGCCAAAGAGUUCUUACCUACUAAAGAGUCAGCCUGAUAAACACACUGUGCACACCCUGCAGGGGGUGGGAGAUGCGGCCUCACCAGAUUCUGGAAAGGUCGUUUGGGUUCGUGCGACUCCUUGAGAAGCCAUUUGGGUUCGUGGUACUUGGAUCCCUCGUUGAAAAAUCCCACUGGAUUUUAACUUGGCAGCUGAACUUUCAGAGGGUAGGGGAGACCAGCCAUUACCAUGGAGACAAGAAAGGCUUCCCACCCUGGAAUCAAGAUGUGCUUAUGUUGCCUGGACCAGCCAUGGUCUCUGCCCACAUUGGACUCUGCUUGGCCGUGGAGCAGGGCUGCCCCCUGGUGGACAAUGCUGGGAGGCCCUCAGGUCACUCACCACGACUCCAGUAGGGCCUGGAAGCCACGGACUGAAAGAAAGGAGACGCUUUCUGGAUGUAGCCUCAGCUCCCCAGCUGUAUUGACCCCAAGACUAUGAGGUUUUGCACUGCAUACUGGAAAGCGUUCCUGCUUCUGAAUAAACCUUCCCUUUGUCUUGUGCAUUGA